AUGACCAACAUAAGAAGCGAAAACGUCACCCCAACACCGGCGGACGAGCCACAACGAGCAGCCGAACAGACGUUCGACGAUAUAUCGUCGGACGACACACGCAAUGGAUUAAGCGGCAACAUCGAGCGUCGAGACAGUGCCGAGGACAUUGAAAAAUUGGUAAAGGAGAUCGAGAUUGGCGCGGGAGCGCCUAUAAUAGCGCCUAUUGUGGCGCAACCCGUCACACAACCAGUCAACUGCGAAGAGCUCCUUCAGCAGACGGAGGCCAUUAUAAAGACACUUGAUCUUCGAGAGCAAUUUAUAACAUGGCCAACAGAAGAUGAGACAAUUCAAUCUAUUGCAGCAUUUCAGCGGCAAAGAGGGUUCCCAAAUGUUAUUGGAGCAAUAGAUGGAACCUAUGUUGUAAUAGAUACUCCAAACGACAACCCUGAAGCAUACAUUAAUAGAAAGGACAUUUAUUCUAUUCAGUUACAGGUGGUUUGUAAGCAUAACUUACAAUUUAUUCAUUGUUUUGUCGGCUAUCCUGGAUCUGUACAUGAUCAAAAGGUUUUUCAACUCUCAAAUAUACAACGUUUUUUUAAUGACCCUUUAAAAUUUCCCAAUAACAGUCAUGUAAUAGGAGAUGCAGCUUACAAAAUUCAACAGCACUUGUUAGUACCAUUUAAACAUAAUAAACGAUUAACGGAAAGGCAACGAAAUUUUAACUAUUGCUUAUCUUCGACUCGAAUGGCAGUAGAACGUUCAAUUGGGCUCCUGAAAGGACGAUUUAGGAUAUUGUUAGACAAACUUCAUGUUAAACGAACUGACCUUAUUCCCAAUUAUAUAAUGGCGUGUUGUGUAUUGCACAAUUUAUUUACCAAUUGCCUCACCUGGGAAGGAUACAGAAUUCCAUUCAAGACAGCUGAGAGCAUCGUAGUACCUGCAAGAUCCAUUUCUUUCUUUUUCUAUUUUUUUAAAUUUUAA